AUGUUCAAAAGCAUUGUUCUCGUUGCCAUCCUUGGCACUUGCCAAGCCCAGCACAAUCAUUACGCCACCUCAUCACAAAGCUUUGUCCGACAUGAAAUCCACCAUGAACAAGCUCCAGUAGUUCACAAAAUUGCCCCAGUAGUCUACAAAGUUGCACCAGUGAAAGAAAUCAAACCUAUCCUAACCAAAGUUGCAGUCCCUGUGGCCCACUACGUAGUAAGCUCUGGUCAUGGCAACCAGGACCACCAAGAAUCCUAUAAAGCCUACUCUUCCCAGCAAAGCAGCCGUCACGAUGUACCUUCAAAGGCCCCCGCUGAUCAUCAAGAGUACUACAGCUACCCCAAAUACGAGUUCGAGUACAAAGUGGAAGACCCCCACACCAAAGACAUUAAGUCGCAGCAAGAGACCCGUGACGGGGACGUGGUGAAGGGCUAUUACUCCCUGCACGAGCCUGAUGGCACCAUCAGAAUUGUACACUACACUGCUGACAAGAAGAACGGCUUCAACGCGAUCGUUGAACGCAAAGGGCAAGCUCAACACAUUGUCGUGUCCUUUAGCGCUAUAUUGGCGGUUUGCGCCGCUGGUCUACUGCCUCAGCCACACUACUCCUCAGCUGCAGCCGUCUCCUCGCAGAGCAUUGUGCGCCACGAUCAGCCGCAACUCGCUACUAAGCUCCUGGCCGCACCAGUCGCCGCCCCUGCGCACUUCGCCUACCAUGCCGCCCCAGCUCCCCUAUCCUACCACGCCCCCGCCCCUGUCUACCACGCCGCUCCCGUCGCUAAGCUGGCUGUAGCUGCUCCUGCCCCGAUCAGCUACCACGCAGCCCCCGCUCCUCUUGCCUACCACGCCGCCCCCGUCGCAAAGGUGCUGGCACCAGCCCCUAAACUGCUCGUCUCCGCUCACCAGGAGGAAUACGCCCACCCUAAAUACGACUUCUCAUACUCCGUGGCUGACGGACACACUGGUGACAAUAAGUCGCAACACGAGUCCCGCGACGGUGAUGCUGUGCACGGAGAAUAUUCCCUGCUGGAGGCUGACGGCUCCGUGCGCCGCGUGCAGUACACAGCCGAUGACCACAACGGUUUCAACGCGGUGGUGAGCCACUCCGCACCUGCUCAUCACUAAGUAUUGACUUGAA